CACUAGCCCCCUUCAGCCUCUUUUGUGUGUUUGAGCCCAAGUGCUGUGGCGUGUGAGACUUGAAACACCACCCAUUGAAAAUGCACCUGUGAUCUUUACUGCUCCAACCAUCUGGGCAUCUUCCUGUCUGUUCAAGAUGAAGAAGAGGUUAAUUCAGAUCUCUGGCUUCCUGUUGUCCACUCUCGGCUGGUUCUUUGUGUCUUGCACCAUGGCCAUGGACAGCUGGAAAGAAUCUCAGCUUGGAGGCGUUGGAGGAUCCUAUGUCAUCAAGGUGGCCUGGUACUGGUCUAACCUAUGGAAAGACUGCUUUGUUGACUCUACUGAUGUGACCAACUGCAGGGACUAUGGUGUGCUGUGGUCUGUUACACCGUACAUCCAAGGUGUCCGCGGGCUGCUUAUGGGAGGAUUAGCCUUUGGCUUCUGUGGUGUCAUCCUGGCAUUCGUGGGAAUGGAGUGCACAUACAUUGGCAGCAGCCAGCGGACCAACGACAAAGUAAUGUUUGCUGCUGCUGUCUUCCACUUUGUAGGUGGUGUGUUGGAUACUGCCGGAUACUGUUUGUAUAUCAACAGAAUAGCAAUCACAGCCUUCAACCCAAAAUUAGACCCAACUGCUCUUAGGUAUAGUUUAGGAACUCCUAUCUUUUUGGGCUUGGUGGGAAGCUUCCUUAUCAUUGGGGGAUCCAUUCUGUAUGCAAUCACUGUCAUCAAAUCUCUGUUUCCAGAAAAAAUCAAGGUUUAUAAUUCCAGAACAUACACCAACCCACAGUCCAGGAGCAGAACCCUCUAUGCUGGAUACUAUGGACAGUCCAGACAAUCACAGUCUAGACUAUCCAGGCACUCCAUGAAGUCUGGAAUCUCCAAAAGCUCGCAGGUGUCUACCAUCUCCCAGAUUGAGGACAGGAAGAUAUUGGAGAGAGAUGCCUUUGUGUAAUUGGUGUCCUUUCAGACAAUAAUCUCCUCUCUUUGACCUAAUAAUGUAGCAGGUGCUAUUCUAAACUGAAUUUUAGACUGUUUAAAUAAAGUAAAAGAUGGAGUAUUUGUACCAUAUGUUUAGAUUUUAUUCUUUACAAACCAAUUUAAUGAUUCAAACAUUCACUUCUUAAGUAUCAUUAGUUGAGCUCAUAAAUGUUUAUUGUACCAAGUGUACUUUAACUUGAUGUUCUUUUUAUAAUGUGGAAACAUUACACACUUUACAUUAAACAUGGCGUUGAGUCUGUCACUUA